CCCGGCCCCUCGAGUCGGGGGUCCCGGCAYGGCCGGCACUGCGGGGAGCCGGGGUAGGUUAAGCCGUAUUGAUGCGUCCCCCAUGGAGCGUCAGCGGGCUGCCGAGGAGCUGGGGUCCCGGCCGCCCCCCGUUUUCGGGCAGCCCCACGGUCUGCGCCAGCCGGCCCCCCCGGGGCCAGGCAUGUCCUGCGGCGCGGGGGCAGCCCCCAGCCAUGGGCAACUGCACCAAGACCCCUGAGCGGCGGCUCCCCAAGGAUGGGAAGCCGCGCUCGGGCACUCCGGGCUCCGGUGCAGGGGACCCCGAGGAUGUGCUGGACCCGGCGCAGACCCCCCCACUGCAGGGAUACUCGGUGCUGCAGGGGCUGGUGGGGCCAGCCUGCAUCUUCUUGCGGCAGAGCAUCGCCAUCACCCAACGGGAUCGRGAGCUGCGGCCUGAGGAGAUCGAAGAGCUGAAGCAGGCAUUCCAGGAGUUUGACAAGGACCACGAUGGCUACAUCAGCUACAAGGACCUGGGCGAGUGCAUGCGGACCAUGGGCUACAUGCCCACCGAGAUGGAGCUCAUCGAGCUAUCCCAGCAGAUCACCGGGGGCAAGGUGGAUUUUGAUGAUUUCGUGGAGCUGAUGGGCCCCAAGAUGCUGGCAGAGACGGCGGAUAUGAUYGGGAUUAAGGAGCUGCGUGAUGCCUUCCGUGAGUUUGACACCAACGGGGACGGACAGAUCAGCAUGGCGGAGCUGCGGGAGGCCAUGCGCAAGCUCCUGGGGCAGCAGCUCAACUACCGCGAGGUGGAUGAGAUCCUCAAGGAUGUGGAUCUCAAUGGUGAUGGCCUCGUGGACUUCGAAGAGUUUGUGCGUAUGAUGUCGCGCUGAGGGCAGUGGAUGCCAACGUGGGAGCCGAGCCCCCUGUGCCUUACGAAGAGGAGGGGGCYGCAGAGGGACCCCCA